AUGCGGCGAUUGUUGAGGGGGGCAUUUAUGCUUAGCGGUGGCGCGGUUCGUCGCUGGGCCCGGCCUAUGCAGGCGGCGGCCACAGGCACCAAAAUUUCAUCCGUGCGGGCGUUGAGGAAGUCGCAGAUGUCGGACGUGGAAGAGGUGGCGCCCCCGCUUCCUCAAGAACACGCACACUCCAAUGAAGCCGAGGGCCGUCCUAGUGAUGACAACACCACCCAUGAUAAUUUUGGUUUUAGCGGCGGUGUUGCCGGGAUGCCUUUGGAAAAUAAUGACACGACAACAAGUCACAUCUUCACACCAACCCUUGACGUGGAGGAGGAGUACGGGACUCCCGUCAUGGCACCAACGAGCAGCGCUUCCAAUGAAAGUGUCCUCUCCUCUAUUGAUAUGAUAUGCGACGAUCUUUUUUCGUGUAAGACGGAUGUAUUGAAGUCGUUUGCGCGGACACGCUCAGUGGGUGGGGCAACGAAGUCGGAGCUUGUGAUGAAUCUCAUUGACCUUGCCAACCGUGAGGCGCAUGGCGAGAGCCAGGACCUUAGCAUCACGAAACGGGUCCUCGGUGAUGUCUUCAAUGAGGAGGUGCGUGUGAGUGGGGUACGUUCCCAGUGGACAAACAAGUCGCUUGAGGCCUCACACAUUGAAAUGGCAUGUGAUGGUCACCUAAAGUUUGAGGUGAUGAGUUAUACCCAAAAGACGCUUAUGGUGCGUCGUAAUGCCUCCGAGUCGGCACGGGUGCUGCGAAAACUUAUCCGUCCCUUUCAGCAGGACUACCCGCGUAUUGCAGAGACAGCGGUGGGAGGGGUCUUUCGAAAUUUCAAGGCGGAAGCCGAUCAACUUGUGGAGUCGCUUCCCGCAGUGGAGGUGGUGGGCCCCUUUACCUCCUUCCUCGUGUCAUAUGUGCGCUACGCGACCUCGGCAAACCUGCUUACUCGUACAAAUGUGAUUGAGCGCCUGGAGCAGCUUGGGUUAGUCCAGAUGGCAGUGGAAGACAGUAGUGACGCCACGCUGCAGCGUCUUAUGGCCUUGCUAGACGAAGUUGUGGCAGAGGUGGAACGGCGAGCAGGGUGUUUUGGCGACAAGCGCACAGCAUGGGGUACAGAGACACCCGAAGUGCUGCGUAGCUCAAUCCAGGCUUUUGCAGACAGCUGGGCGCAGCAGCCACGAGGCGAGGUUGGGGAUAGGGCCCCGGCAUGGGUUCAUGACUUUGUGCGCAUGUUCAACAACUGGGAUGCCAUUGUGCGCACCGAUGUUCCUAUGCUUGAAGAUGUGCCAAGGUACAUCUUUGACUGCAUUCUCAGUGGUGUGGUGUGUUUCUACUUGCUGCAGAAGAUAUACGGCGAUAUCAUUAUCCCCACAGAUGUUCCACUGACCGUGCGAUCCGCCGUGCGGAGAGCGAUGGAGGCGCACUUCAAGGAUGAGGAGAAGGCGGCGCAGGCAUUGGCGAAACUCUUUGCGUAUGUGCAAUCGCCUGGGGACUCUGGUGUGGUGAAGGCGGAGUUCUUUCCAGCCGUGCUCUCCCAGAUGCAGGGUGCCUUCCAUGACACAGAGCAGAGUGUUCUGCAUAAUGCCCGUGUUGCGCUUGUCCUGCGUGAAGUGUGUGCGACAGCCUCGCGGUGCACCCGUACGUGUGGCCUUUUUCACAUGCUUGUAAAGAUCACAGAAGAUCUUCGAUUUCACUUUCGGUUUAACACGAUAUUUAAGAAACUCAGCGGCAGGGACCGCACCACAAUCCGCACCAGGUACAGCAUCAACAUGGUGAAGACGUGUGAGUACUUUGAACAGGAGUAUGGGGUGACGCCCAUCUCUACCAAGGCAGUGGGUUUCUUGGUGAUUCAACUGCUGCACAUGUCAAUGCGUGGGACGAGUAGCGGGAAUGUGGCCGGUAGUGGUCGUCCAAUACUAGAACGUUUUGUGAGCGUCACUGGCCGAGAGGAAUAUUCCGUUGUUGGCAUGUCUGAAAUGGAAGCGACCCAAAUUCGUGAUUUGCGGGUUGCCUUUCCUCCACAGCUCUCCUACAACUCCUGGCUUCACCAGUCGGACACGAAGGAAAAGUCCGUGUAUAACGUCCUCCCCUCCGUGGCGGUGAAGGGAUCCACCAACCAGGCGAUGAUCAUCUCACAAGCUCCGAUGAUGAAGGCUCUUGACGCGAUCUCCCGUGUACCGUGGCGUAUCAGUAAAUACAUGCUUCACGUACAAGAGGCCAUCGUGAGAGAGGGGUACGGCUUUGGGAAGAUCCGGCCAGCCUUCUACCCUUUACACUACUGCGCAAAGAGUCGUGGGGACAUUUCUUAUGACGUGGCUGACAACGCCGAUGCUGCUGCUGCUGCUGCUGCUGAUGCUUAUGAUGAUGGCGACGACUGCGAAGUCUACAAUCUACAGCAACGGCGGGAAUACGACACCCAACAAGACGAGGAUUGGAAAAGUCUUUCCGAACAACGUAGCAACCGUAUUCACUACCUGCAAGCUCUUCGUCAGGCCCGCUCACUCGUACAGUUUUCGCAUAUUUACUUUCCAAAUAGUAUGGACUUCCGUGGACGUAUGUAUCCGCUGCCAGGGCGGUUAAAUCACACCGGAUCCGAUCCGUUUCGAGCCCUACUAGAGUACGCGGAACCCAAGCCAUUGGGAGAGACUGGACUAUAUUGGCUGAAGGUACAUUUGGCCAACAAGAUGGGAAUGAGCAAACUCUCCUUUGAUGAGCGGGUGCAUUACGUGAAUGAGCAUAUUGAAGAUGUGGUUCGAAGUGCGGAAUCCCCGCUUCAUGGCGACAAGUGGUGGCAAGAGGCUGCGGAGCCGAUGCAGUGUCUCAUGGCCUGUAAAGAGUUGACGGAUGCUCUUAAAUGCUCACAAGGGGCAGAAAAUUACCUCUCACGUAUUCCUGUUGCCGUGGAUGGAAGUUAUAACGGUCUGCAACACUACUCCGCCAUUGGUCGCGAUGCUUUUGGGGCACAAUUGGUCAACCUGGUUCCGAGUGAGAGGCCGGCCGAUGCCUACACCGGCAUUCUGAAGGAGAUGAUGCGAUCCAUAAUGGCCGAUGCUGAGAAGGACAAUCCGGUGGCACAGCG